UGUCAGGCCAACAAGCGGGUAGAAGAGAAAGUGGAAGUGACAAUGAUUGGUAGCUUUUUUGGCCCACAUCCAUCGCAUGAUGCAGUAGAAUUUGUAGUGUUUCCAAAAAGAAAUUCUAUUAACAGUAUUUAUGAAGAAGUUGAUGUAACUCCUAGAAGACGUGAAUUUGAGUAUGAGAUAGAAUUUGAAACUGAAGAUUUGAAGACUAGCCUGGACUCCUCUGUAACAUUAUAUUUGUACAGAAAACAUUGUAACAUAAAACAAGAAUUAAUUUCAUUGAUUUUCAAUUUGAUAUUUACACCAAGAAAACCAUUCCGGGCUCAUAUCACAUUGAAAGUUGAGUGCAUAACAGAUGGAAUCUGGAAAUUUCCUAUAACAUUGAUUGCUACUGAGCCUGAAGUGGAGGAUAUAAUUGACAUCCAAGGAAUCGGUUUAUUAAAGACAUCUGUCACGGAAUUUAGACUGACAAGUCAGACAAGGUAUUACGAGCCAUUUACGGCCUAUUUUCUGCCAGGUGGUGAUCGAGAUUUUUUUGUAAAACCUCAUCGUGGAGAACUCCCUCCAUUUUACACAAAAGGAAUUCUCAUCAUUGUAGGAUUUAAACCCCGAAUGUAUAGUAAGAAAUAUCGAGCAACACUUGUAAUACAGACAGAUGAAAUAUAUUGGCUGUAUGAAAUAAAUGGGUUACCUCCAUCACCAAAAUCAUUGGAACAUAUAAAAGCCAAAAUUGAUACUAAUAACAAGACAUAUGAUAGCAUGCCACCAAUUCGACAAAAUUUUAUUCGUGAAAAUGCUAAACUCCGAAGCACGGGAGUGUCUUCUACUAUUAAAGGUAUACAGCCAGGGUCUAUGCUGAUGUCCAAAGCUUCUGUUGCCAUCGGCCAUGCAGAUGCCUAUGAUCUGGACCUCUACCUGUUGCCAUUUUGCUCUUUGAGGCUUACACUGCCACAGGGCCCAUUGGGGAUCUGA